AUGAUUCAGCAAAUCUCCCUCGCAGCAACCACCAACCCCCUCACCCCCUCUCACCCCGACCGAACAGACCCCAAAACACGACUCGCCGAACGGAAAGCCUUCCUCUCCAGUCUCGACAUUUCCUCGCGCAGAGCUCCGUAUUCGCUCUCGUCGACUUUUCCCCUCUCUCCGCAUCCUCUGCUCGUGUCGCGUCUUCAGCUGGACAAUCUGCGGAAAUUCCACCAUGCGUUGGAUCUCGCCGUGACGAAUAUUGUGGAGCGGUGGUGGGUGGAUCAUGAGGCUGCUUUGCCACGGAGGAUGCCCCUGGAAGAACGUGAGGAGGAGGUGUUGCAGUGGAUACAUAAAACCUCCGAGGAAAAGAAGAUGCGACCGUUUCACAUCCGCAAAGGCAUUUGGCGGCCCGAUCUGCUGAUCGAGAAUGUCCCGACCCCAUCUGGGCAGCGGCAGGAGCUGCGCGUGUGCGACAUCAACGCGCGAUGUGCCUUUGAUCUGUUUCCUUUUGUCGUUUAUGGCCAUCAGGGGUUGACUGAUAUUGGUGCGAAAGAAAGGGGUUUUUUUCCAGCCACUAAUUCUAGAGAGAUGCUACAACGCCUCUUUACCGUCUACGAUCCACGCCAACAAAUCCAUCUCCUUACAGGCAAAGAUCGAGCAGUGUCGAUGAGAAUUCUGGGCCAUCUCAUGUCGAAACGACUCGAUCGUAACCUGAAACCGACUGUCAUUACCAGUAAAGACCUCCGAUUGAUACCCAGCCCCCAUUCCAAGACGGGUUAUAUUCUCUGCUGUCUCCGAAAACGCUUCGGCUCAAACCCCUGCCGACUAGUGAAUGAGCACGGUGAACAUCUCGAACCGAUUCACCAGCUAGGAAUGCAACUCGACCAGGAAGAACUCAGAGCACUAUCACAGGACAUGCUACAGCACAUCUCCCUGUACUGCAUUAACGACUUACGAACCGUCUAUCUCGUACAGGAUAAGCGCAUGCUAGGAAUUAUUCUCCAAGAACUCGACGACCUCGUCCAUCGACACCACGUGCUCACCUCGGCUCAAGCAGAUCUCCUCCGCACCAAUAUCCUACCCACCAUCAUCCCUGGCUCCUCCGAACUCGACCAGCUAAUCUUCCAAAGCCACGAGAACAAAACCAUCAAGAACGACUACGUCCUCAAACCCAUCCGCGCGGGCAGACCCAAGGACAUCAUUUUCGGGGAAGACCUCACACCCGAACAGUGGGAGGCGACAUUACUAUCCAUGGAGAACCCGCAACUACGCGCAGAGGAAAAGCUCUUCAUCGUGCAGCGCCGAGUCGACCAGCCCACUCUGGACAUUCUCCUCGAUGAAGAAAAGGGCACGCAAAAGACCCACGUGACGGGCAGUUAUCAUGCCAUUGACGGCGGGUUUGCCGGAUUCGGGGUGUGGCGGACCGGGGAAGGGCGGAUCUGUUCGUUUGACCACGGGGCGUCGUGGAUCCCAUCUGUCGUGCCAUUUCCCCAGCGCCGUGGUUCAGUCUAG